AUGAUCAGCAAUGACAAUGAUGAAAUUCAAACAAUUGAACAAUCUUAUGAAGAUUUCAUACUCGAUUUAAAAUUAGAUCCAUCAAUAACUAUUUUAUCUAAAAAUUCUUUGUCUCUUUUGAAUGAAUAUGCUCAGUUGAAUGGGCAAAAACUAUCAUUUCAAGUAAUUUCUCAAUCUGGACAAAAUCAUCAGCCAAGUUUCGCAAUAGCGGUUCUUCUAGGUGAUAGACAAUUUUCAGCUGGAUUUGCGUCAACAAAGCGUGAAGCCUGUAUAGAAGCAGCUAAUAAAACGUUUUAUCAAUUAUCACUUGAUGCAAGACAAUCUCUAAGAUUCACCACAAACAGGGAUUGUACACUGUUUGAUCAUAUUGCAUCUAAAAUUCUAUCGACAUAUCGUGAUUUAUGUAUUAGUGUACCGCUAGAACUAAUUGGUUGUAAAGUUCUUGCUGGGUUUAUUAUAGAAAAAAUCGACGAACAAACAUUUACUGUUAUUAGUUUGGCAACAGGUAACAAAUGUGCUGGUGGCUCAGUAUUAUCAACAACAGGCUUAGUUGUUCAUGACAGUCACGCUGAACAAUUAGCUCGUCGAGGCUUUAUAAGAUAUCUAUAUGGACAAAUAGAGUCUUUUCAAAAAAAUAAGGAAUCAAUAUUUGAAAAAGCAGAUGACAACAGAUUAGUUUUGAAAUCUACAAUACAUAUUCACUUUUAUACAUCAUUCGCACCAUGUGGUGAUUCAGCAUUAUUCACUCCUCGAGAUAAAAUAACUGAAGCAACACUAAAAAAUGAACAUGAAUUACAUCGAACUGCACGUGUACAAGGUCAACUCCGUUCUAAAUUUGAAAACGGUGAAGGAACAAUUCCAACCGAUCCAAAAAGUACUAUUCUAUCUCUUGAUGCUAUUCGAAAUGGUCAACAUGUUCGACAUAUGUCAUGUUCAGAUAAAAUAGUUCGUUGGAAUAUUUUGGGUAUACAAGGUGCACUUCUGUCAAAUAGAAUUCAACCGAUUUAUCUAAAUUCGAUUACAAUUGGUUUUCCAUUUCACUAUGGUCAUUUGUGUCGAGCUUUAUGUUGUCGAUUACACGAUUAUUUUAAUUCAAAUCCACUAUUGAAACCUUAUCGUCUCAAUCAUCCUUUGAUUGGACAUACAAAAUUAAAAUGGAAAGAAGAAAUCAAUCGUAGUAAUAAUUCAUAUGAUAGUCUAAAUUGGAAUAUCAAAGAGAAAAGCAUUGAGCUGAUUGAACCAUCAUCGGGAAAACGCAAACCAAACCAACAACCAUCGCGUUUAUGUAAAUCUCAUAUAUUUCAAUUAUAUAAGAAUAUCUAUUCAACGGAUAAUAAAAGCUAUGAUCAAAUGAAAAAGGCAUCGAUUACAUAUCAACAAUGUAAAUAUCAAAUGUUUCAGGGCUUUGAACUUUAUUAUUCUACAGGAUGGAUCUCAAAAGAUCCAUGUUUGUCGAUGUUUUUGUAA